CUGCCGGUGACACCCGUCCGAGAGCCCCGCAGCGCGUACAACCAUGCGUUGAGCCCUGCCAAGGAGAGUGGAUGCCAAACCUGAAUUACCAGCCCAGAGAGUGGCUGUGGAUCCCGGGAGCUCCUGUGAUUUGCGGCAGGUUUUUCAGGUCCCCGCCUGUCACACACACACGCAGAUACUUAAGCAGUCACCCAAGGACCUGCGGGGUUCUUGUUUUACACACUUCUGGUCCCUGCCAGCUCCAGUGCCUGGCCCCAUAACCCUGCCCCAGGAGAAGAUGGCCACGGAAAAGCCAGUGACUCCCACUGAGGAGCAGCUGGAGAUCCUGGAGUACAACUUCUGCAAGGUGAACAAGCAUCCUGACCCCACUACGCUGUGCCUCAUCGCAGCUGAGACUGGACUCUCUGAGGAGCAGACCCUGAAAUGGUUCAAGCAGCGCCUGGCAGAGUGGAGGAAGUCUGAAGGGCUGCCCUCAGAAAGCGGGUCUGUCAGGGACUAGAGGAUGUUGCUCUGAUCUCCAUGCCUCCUAUAAAUGAUACUGAAGCUCUUCAGAGUGGGUUUUGCUGGGGUUCUUCUGUUGCAAUAGGUUUUGCGAUACAAAGUAAUACUCUGCUAUUUAACAUAAGUUUUAUUUAACAUGUACAUAACCAAAAAAAAGAACAUUAUAUAUAUAUAUAUAUGUAUGUGUGUGUGCAUACAGCUUUUGAUGGCUGGUAACCUGUCUAGUGAUUCCAACCCAUUAACACCAGCUGCACAGGACAAGGCAAUCUCAUGCUCUUGUCCCAGGCUUGCAGAAAAGCUGCCAUGAAACAUGUUCAAAUAUAGAAGGAGGAAAUAAAGAUUCAUUUUCCUUACAAUCCCC